AAAAAUCCACAAAUGUAAAUUUCCCAUAAAACCUGCCUAUUCCUAUCUCGCCACUUUUUCAAUUGCCAAUCGCUUUCUCGCCAAGAAUAAACAAUCGCUCUCUAGGCUCUGCGUUCCUUCUGACUUCUUUCGUUCCCUUUCUAAGUUCACGAUUUUAACUAUCGAGUUAGUUGGUUUUUUCGGAGCAAAGCCUAACCGGAGUGAGAGAUGGGUCAGAUCCAGUACUCAGAGAAGUACUUCGAUGACACUUACGAGUACAGGCAUGUUGUGCUUCCUCCAGAAGUUGCAAAAUUGCUGCCCAAGAAUCGCCUCCUCUCUGAGAAUGAAUGGCGUGCGAUUGGGGUCCAGCAGAGCCGUGGGUGGGUCCACUAUGCAAUUCAUCGCCCGGAGCCACAUAUCAUGCUCUUCAGGAGGCCUCUCCACUAUCAGCAGCAGCAGGAGAAUCAGGCUCAGCAGAACUUGCUUGCUAAGUGAUCAUCGUUUCAUGCAAGUUGCUUUUCAUAUCUUCAAGUGAAAUGAAUGAAUGACUAAGGAUUAUGGUUUUUGGAUGUUUGAACUUGGCUUCGUGUCUGUAUCAAUAAUUCUCCUAUUUGGGGAAUUUUAUAGUUUUAAUUGGCGCUGCAUAGAAAUAUGUUAGUUUACCGCUGGUUUACUUUAUAGUGUGGGUUUUGUUUCAUUGGUGGGUUUUUAAUUAUGUUGUUUCUAUGCACUCUGUGGUUUUGGUCUUUCUCAGCUGGAGACAACAAGCAAUAGAAUUGUGUUUUUAUGCUUCUAUUGUUGUUUUUGAACUUAUUUCUACACUAGGUGGUUCGUAUAUGGCCUUUGUGUAAAAAUUGUGUUUUAUUUCUUAUUUUUUUGCAGAACAAUUAUUGUAACAUUAAAUUGAUUUUGAGGAAAUUUAAGGGCAAUGGUACUCUGGUUCAGAUUGACUCA